AUGCCAGACGCAGUGCGGUCCUACACCGACCCAUUCUCGGGGAACAGGAGGGUCAAAAACCAGAUCCGCUGGUUUCUGUACAAAUUGAGUGGGAAGCAGCACCAAGAGAACGCCACAAAGGAUGUGCGGGUGGAGUGCCUUCACAGGGAGACCGAGCACCUGCAUAAAAUCGUGCGCAUUUACGAGUCGGGGCUGGAAACCCCCCGGAAGCUCGUCGCACAGAUCGACUGUAAUUUCCAAGCAGUGAACCCAUCAUACCCUCACCUUGAGAUCGACGGGUAUAUUUUCUACAAGCUGAAGUAUUUGCUGCGAGUUGUUUUGGGAAAGCUGAAGAGUUACUCAAAUUCCAGGUUUUUGCUCAAGACCAAAUGA